AGGACACUUGCCUUGUACUUGGAUCCAGCUUUGUCUUUUGCUGUGCAUAUCAAUAAAUAGACGUUAGCCCGCUGUGUAUUUUUAUCGACAUGUUUCCCGAUAGACAGCACGGCCCUGGAGCCUCUGCCUUUGUUUUUAACACCAAAUGUAGGCAGCAUUCGGUUUACAACCUCAACGUCGCACUGCAACUUCAUCGCGGCGAAACAAGACAACACCAAUUGCUUCACCCGCUGGACAUCAUAACGGUAAGGAUGGCGAACCAGGAGGAUGGCAAUCUUCAGGAUGUCCAAGAACAGUUGAAUGAUUCUGAGGAUGAAGAAGUGAGUGAUGAAGAGAGGGAUUUGGGGUGGCAUGAGCAGGGAGAGCUGGAAUGGUCUGAGGAUGAUGGGGCUGACUUAGAGUCCAUCUCAGACAUUCCAGCAGAACGCAGUGGUCACAUUGCAGUGAUUGAUGGAAACUGUAUGUAUGUCUGGGGAGGAUAUAAGAAUGCUGAAGCACCUGGGUUCUUUGAUUUGUAUUUACCAAGGCACGAAAUAUGGAUAUACAACAUGGAAACUGGAAGAUGGAGAAGGCAGCUGUCAGGAGGAGAUCUCCCUAACCCAAUGUCAGGCAGCUGUGGCGUAUGUGUGGAAGGCAUUCUGUAUCUCUUUGGAGGCCAUCAUGCUAGAGGAAAUACUAAUUUGGUUUAUCGUCUGUCUCUGAGGGCCUCUGACUUACAUUGGGAGAGAAUGAAAGACCUCAAGGGUUUGCCCCCCACAAGUAAAGACAAAUUAGGCUGUUGGGUGUACAUGAACAGGCUGGUGUAUUUUGGGGGUUAUGGCUACGAGGCAGAAGCAUACCAUCGAGGAACGUUUGAAUUAGAUGAAAAUUCGCUUGUGGGUAACCACCAAGGACGGGGCUGGAACAAUCACAUUCACAUUCUUAACCUUGAAAUGUCAGAUUGGAGUCAACCUAUUACUAAGGGAAAUGCUCCUACCCCACGUGCAGCCCAUGCUUGUGCUACUAUGGGAAACAGGGGUUAUGUUUUUGGAGGCCGAUAUAUGGAUCAUCGGCUAAAUGACCUGUACUAUAUUAACAUGGAUUCCUGGGAAUGGACUGAAAUGUUGGUACCUCAGCACGGUCCAGUUGGCCGAUCAUGGCACUCUUUCAUACCCGUGUCAUCAGAUCACAUCUUCCUGUUCGGUGGCUUCACUACUAAUCGAGAAACACUUAGUGAUGCAUGGCUGUAUUGCGUGACCACAAACGAGUGGAAGCAGUUUAAACACAACUACAAACAAAGUCCAAGACUUUGGCACACCGCCUGCUUAGGUCUCAAUGGAGAAGUGUUUGUAUUUGGGGGCUGCGCUAAUAAUCUUCUCUCACAUCAACAAGCAUCCCAUAGCAAUGAACUACUAUUUUUCAGAGUUCAACCAAAGUCUCUGCUUAGGUGCUGUAUAGAGGUUGUUGUGCUGCACAGAAAUCAACUUGAGAGCAUGUUUGACUGCUUGCCCAAACACCUACUAGACAGCCUCCAACAGAGAUUCAAUUCAACCACUACUGGAGGGUCCUAGAACUACAUACAUGCACAUUUCAUUGUGCAACUAGGAGCAAUAAUGGGAAUAUGUGGCACAGCAUCUCUGCAGAGAGGCUUGUUUAAAACAAUGCAGAGGCGCAGAGGCUGUGUGGACGUUAAAGGUCCCUUCUAAUCUAAAGGCCCGAAAUAAAAGCUUGUAUGGUAGUUGUUUUGUAAAACUUGAAACUAAAAUAAAAUGUUUGUUUUUAUGUG